AGAAUUUGUUUAGACUGCGCCUCUGAUUUGUCAAACAGAAGCGGCCCACUCUUCUUCCCGAGAAAACCCAUUUUGUUAUAGGAGAGAGAGAGAGAGCGAUAUAAAUGCGAGUUUGGUUCAUUUAUGUGGUUUCUUACCCUUUUCUCAUCACCUUCUCUUAACGACUAAGCAUACACAAGUCUCUCCUCACUUCUCACUUUGCAUAUAUAUCCACCAUAAUGCGUGUUUGGUUAUAUAAAAAAAAGUACACACAAAAAUCUGAUAUUUUAUUUUCCCUUCAACAAGACCCAAUCUUUGGAUCAAUUCAAGAACCACCCCUUUGAAGGAUCUUUUCGAUUAGAUUUUAAAUUUGCCGGAUAAUCCAUGGAUGUUAUUGGAUACCCAUCUCAUUCUCUCCCUUCUUCUUCUUCAUCAUCACCAACAAAUCCAUUUUCCUUGGUUGAUAAGGCUAAGGAAUUCUUCAGAUUUGCUCUCUCUGCUGUGAUUGGGAACGUUUUCUCUGCCAUAUUCACCUUCUUCUUCGCUUUAGUGGGUACCUUGUUAGGAGCAAUGACCGGAGCUUUGAUAGGCCAAGAGACAGAAAGUGGAUUCGUACGUGGGGCUGCCGUUGGAGCCAUCUCUGGAGCUGUUUUCUCUAUCGAGGUUUUCGAAUCUUCACUUGUCCUCUGGCAAAAUGAUGAAUCUGGAAUUGGGUGUCUGCUAUACUUGAUUGAUGUUAUUGUCAGCCUUUUAAGUGGUAGACUAGUUCGUGAAAGGAUUGGUCCGGCAAUGCUAAGUGCCGUGCAAAGUCAGAUGGGUGCUGUUGAACCAAGCUUUGAGGAGGUUACCAAUAUCUUUGAUGUUGGGGGAUCCAAGGGUUUGCCCGGAGCUUUGGUCGAAAAGAUCCCGAAGAUCAAAAUUACUAGCAAAAACAAUGUGGAUGCUUCUGGGGAGAAAGCCUGCUGCUCAGUGUGCCUUCAGGACUUUCAGCUUGGAGAGACUGUCAGAAGUUUGCCUCAUUGCCAUCACAUGUUUCACCUACCUUGCAUUGAUAAGUGGCUGGUAAGACAUGGCUCUUGCCCAUUAUGCAGAAGGGAUCUGUAGCUUUUACAUAAUGUAAAUUACUACAUGACAGAAAGAGUUCUUUUCAUCGAUCUUAGCGUAGGAUUUCUUUGUUAUGUUAGUAAAACACUAGGUUCUACCUUUUCUCCUGGCAGCAUCUUGUAAUUAGCUCGAGUGCAAUGUAUCAUGAGCUGGGUCAUUGUACUUCAUCACCAUUCUGUAUAAAAAUUUUGCGUACCUGAAUUUGGUUUCUUA